UAAACCACUGUGCAAGUUUCAAAGCUUAAAAAUAUAUUAUUUUUGUGACAUGGUUUCAUGUUUGAUGCACUCAGGAGGAUCAGGAGAACUGUAAUUUCCACCCUGUAUGAGGGCAUGCAUUAUGGCAUGACAACACAGUUUCGGAGAGGCCACUCCACUCCUCUGUGCCCUCCACCCCGACAGACUUGACCUUUCUGAAUGAGACGCUACAGACGAACCCGGCCUUACGAGAUUGAAUUUUUUUUAUAUUUAUUAUUCUUUUACUGCUUAUUUUUCAUUUGUUUUUCUUUAUUGUCGCUUUUUUGGGGUUAUUUUAGCUUUUUGCCAAUUUGUAUUUGAUUUUGGGUACAAUAAAUUUAUAACUAAAACCCGCCCCCAGAUCAGUGGGGGCGGGUCGCUGAGCUCUAUAGGUGACGCCGUGCGCACUGCGCAGACGCUCCAUACGUAACUACGUCGCGGACACGGACAGGAUGCAGCGGGACAAGACAAGCAAUGCCACCGGGGCUGAAAAGCCCGACCGGGAGGCCGCCAUCAUGUCGAAGUACUACGACGGAGUGGAGUUCCCUUUCUGUGACGAGUUCUCCAAGUACGAGAAAAUGGCCAAGAUAGGACAAGGAACCUUUGGGGAGGUGUUCAAAGCGAAGCACCGGCAAACAGGGAAGAAAGUUGCACUGAAGAAAGUGCUGAUGGAAAACGAGAAAGAAGGGUUCCCAAUCACAGCUCUGAGAGAGAUCAAAAUCCUUCAACUGCUCAAACACGAGAACGUUGUCAAUCUGAUCGAGAUCUGCAGGACCAAAGCUACUCAGUUUAACAGGUACAAAGGCAGCAUCUACUUGGUGUUUGACUUCUGUGAGCAUGACCUGGCUGGGCUGCUGAGCAACGCCAACGUGAAGUUCACGCUGGCAGAGAUCAAGAAGGUGAUGCAGAUGCUGCUCAAUGGGCUGUACUACAUCCACAGGAACAAGAUCCUUCACAGAGACAUGAAGGCAGCAAAUGUGCUCAUAACCAGAGACGGCGUCCUGAAGCUGGCCGACUUUGGUUUGGCUCGAGCCUUCAGCCUGGCCAAGAACAGCCAGGGGAACCGCUACACUAACCGCGUGGUGACGCUGUGGUACCGACCUCCAGAGCUGCUGUUGGGUGAGCGAGACUACGGGCCUCCAAUCGACCUGUGGGGCGCCGGCUGCAUCAUGGCCGAGAUGUGGACACGGAGUCCAAUCAUGCAGGGGAACACGGAGCAGCACCAGUUGACCCUCAUCAGCCAGCUCUGCGGCUCCAUCACGGCAGAGGUGUGGCCCGGUGUAGACAAGAAGUAUGAGCUGUACCAGAAGAUGGAGCUGCCCAAAGGUCAGAAAAGGAAGGUGAAGGACCGCCUCAAAGCUUACGUCAAAGACCCGUACGCCCUGGACCUCAUCGACAGGCUGCUGGUCCUGGACCCGGCACAGCGAAUCGACAGUGACGACGCCCUCAACCACGACUUCUUCUGGUCAGACCCGAUGCCGUCAGACCUCAAGAACAUGCUCUCCACCCACAACACGUCCAUGUUUGAGUACCUGGCCCCGCCUCGGCGGAGAGGACACAUGCCCCAGCAGCAGCCCAAUCAGAACCGGAAUCCCGCGACCACGAGCCAGACAGAGUUCGACCGCGUGUUUUAAACCAGGUUCUUGACGCUUGGCAGUCCAAUUUUCCUUCUAGACAUCUGUGGAUUAACUGGGAGCAAACGUUUUCUCCUUGUCCUCACUGCAUGUUUGAGGCAAAACUUCUUUUUUCUUACAGCUACUCAUUUCUCUGUGUUACAGAGUUAUUUAUGAAGACAGUGUUAAAGUUUUAUUUAAGACACACUUACAAGGACACUUAUUCUUCUGACACAAAGGGACGUGCAUACCUAAAAUAAAGUUGUUGUUUUUUUUUGUUUGUUUUUUUUUCUCUUCUUCCUUAAAUGUACCUGGCAGCAUGUGGUCUGACACAUGUGCGGCCUGACUUUACCUUCAGGAUGUGAAGUGACUGAAAGACUGCAGUACCUCCAGCAGGGGGCAGCAUCAUAUCGCUGUAUAUCUUUAUACAGCACAUGUACAUAACUUUUUAUACUCUAGCAUCGCUGAACAAAAGUGUUUUUGAACUGUGGGCUGGGCCGGUGCCUCUAAUGUGAAAUUUGGGGUCAAUAAAAUAUUUUAAACACUGAUUCCUGACCUUUAUUUAGAAACUUUUUUUUUUUUUUUUUUUUGUUUAACAACUGCAGCUGUUUUAGUCUGGAUGAAAAACCAGAUGUUGUCUUCUGUUUUAUACACACUCACAGAAUACCAUAUCUGGUUUUUGGUCAGGACCAGGAGGUUUUUAUUUUAUUUUUUAUAAAUAACUAAUGUUGUCAACCAGGUUUGAAACUGAUAGUGUGUUACAUGGA